GUCACUAGGGAAGGAUCAGGUGACGCUGCAUCUUGACGCGGUGUGAAUUUUGGUAAUGAUUUCGUUCGUUUAUGUUAAACCCAUUGAAUGAAUUAGAAUAUCCGCUUUUUACUACAUUUCAGUAUGGUUGUGUUGUUGUGAAGCGCCUCGGCUAAGGCUAAAUGUAGCUUCUCAUUCCACAUUGCUACGUUAGUGUGUGUUUAGCUAACUGCGCGGCGCUUUAUGAACUGCUUGCUGCCUGUGCUCUUUGUUGUCGAAUCAUAAGAUAACAGAAUGAGCGAUUUUGGAAGUGGGAUCUAGUAUCCAUGCUGCUUUUAAUUGUUAUGGUAAUUUCCUGCCAAAUGCACUACAGUGAUGGAUUCUCAGAGCUCAAACCUGACCUGUGUCAUAUGUCUAGAGCACUUUCAAAUUCCUGUCACCAUCCUGUGUGGGCACUCAUUCUGUCACAAGUGCAUCACUGCCCAUUGGGACACAAAACUCAUUUCUGGUAUUGGACCUUAUUGUCCCAUCUGCAAUGAGAAGUUUGCCACCAGGCCCAUCCUCAAGCGUAAUGUGUCCUUGUCGCUCCUGAUCGAAUCUGCGAACAGCAACACCGGCCCGUCCUGCAAAGACUGCGGCAGGGAGGAAGGUGGAUCAAUGCUUUGUGCUCAUCAUCAUAAGCCUUUAGUUUAUUACUGCAAGCGGGAUAACAUGUCAGUGUGCUGCGAGUGUGCCAUCAGAGAGUGCAAGAACCACGACAAGGACUUGUUGGAGACAGAAAAGAAAAAACAAAAGCUUUUACUGGAGAAGAAGAAUGAGGAGGUGGCGAAACUCAAUGAAGAAACCAAGCAAAGUAUUUACCACCUAACUGAAAAUAUCAGCCAAGCUAAGGAGACGAUGCAGCAGACAUCCAGUCGGGUCACAGCCAAGUUUUCCACCCUGUUAAAAGUACUGGCUGAGCGGCAGGAGGCCACCGAGCGCUUCAUGGAGCAGCAGAAAGAGGCGGCCAUCUCUGAGGCAACGGCGCGUCUCUCUGAGCUGGAGGAGAGCGCCAAGAAGCUGCGAGCGAGCCAGGAUAAGAUAGCAGCUCUUCACGACCUCUCAGAUACAGACCUCAUCAAGGAAUCAAUGCUCAUAGAAGUUCCACGCCUGAAGAAAAUUCCCUCGGACUUGACGCCCCACCUGCAGGAUCGAUUAAGUGGCAUCACAGAAGUCCUGACCCGAAUAUCCAAGCUGGUGGUUGAGGACCUCGAAAGAGCUGUCUGCACCGUUGUGGGUCAGGACAUCGAAGGUUCUCCUCAGGAGAAGAGACCCAUUCUGGCUGUGGUUCCCAGUUCAGCUGCUCCGUGCUACCCUGGCGGGAAGGAGGGCCUCAGUGCUUACAGUUGCUCCCUGACAUUUGACCCCAGCACAGCCAAUGGCAAUUUGGUUUUGUCCCAAGAGAACCGGAGAGCGCAGCACCUGACUUCGGGUCUGCGGCCAGUGGAAGAACACGAAUCCCGCUUUGAUUACACCUGGCAGGUGCUAUGCAGCCAGGGCUUCAAACAAGGCCAGCACUACUGGGAGAUGGAGGUCUCCAAGCCUUGGGUCUAUCUGGGGGUCACCUACAACACCAUCCCCAGGAAAGAGAAGGGUCGGAAGUCCAUACUGGGUAUGAACGAACUGUCCUGGAGCUUGCAGCUGGACGAGAAGCAGCUCAACGCCUGGCACAACGGCCGCAAGGAGACCCUGGUCGGAUCUUCUCAGCACGGCCGCAUCGGCGUUCUGCUGGACUACGAGGCGGGAACGCUCACCUUCUACGGAGAUGGACACGUCAGGCUGCAUGCCUUCCACUGUGCCUUCACCCAGGAGCUCUUCCCUGCUUGCUGGAUAGGAGAGGGUGUCAGCAUCACACUAUGCUCCACAUGAGUGUGCAGAACCUCAUCGUUCUGCUUUUUAUUUAAACUGAGACAUUUAUUACAAAUGUCUUAAAUUGUAGACGAAAAACAGUGGGGGAAUUGAUUGAUCAGUCAAAAAUGUGUAAAAAUACACUGCUAUUUAUAAAAAUGAUCAAAUUUACAUUUUAUUGAGUAAAAUAAGUACAUUUUAUCCCCAAGGAAAACACAAGUUAGUAUCUGUUUGCAUCUUGAUUUUGGCCCACUCCUCUUUACAGAAGCUCUCUGAACUAAAUCCUUCACUUGUUUGUCAGGUUUGAAAAGUGACGAGGUCACUCCAUGACCUUAAAAUUAUAAUUCUUGAGUUGAUCUACUUCUUUGUUGCCCUGGCAGUAUGUUUUAGAUGCUGGAAGAUCCAUGAGUACGCCUCCAUUUAUUGGUCCCUCAAUGCGGUGAAGUCGCCCUGUAUGACAAGUUGAGAGGAUGAGUAUUUGUAAUUGUUAAUUGUGCAAAACUAGUGGCACAUUAACACUAGCCUGUCCAUCUGUGGGAAUGUGAGAAAUCUGGCUCAGUGUUAGGGUAUCAAAUACUCAAUUCAAUUUCUUGAGGCGUGUCCACAUGAAUUUUAACUUUUUUUUUUCUUCCAAUUUAAGCGUAACUCCUUUUUAAACUUUUUAAAAAAUAUGCAAAGUAAGCGCUGUUACACACUCAUUUGACUGCUUUUUUACUUUCAAGCCAUCCGAUGUGGAGAUUCACAGGAACCCAAAAUCACAUUCCACUGUGUCACUUUUUACAAAUUAUUUUGUGUUUGCGGCAGUAAUCCUUUGAUUCACCUGUACAUUCAGGGACAUCUGGCUGUAAUUGGUUUAUGAAAGAAGCAUUAUGUAAUGUAUAUACAUCACUCCUUGUGAAGUGUAACAUGACUUGGAAUGUUUUUUUUUGUUUUUUUUUUCAGGCUUGCAUCUUUAAAUUGUCAUUCGGUAUUUGGUGAAUUUACAGGUACAUCUCAAUAAAUUAGAUGUGUCGAAAACCUUAAUUAGGUAGUUCAAUUGAAAAAGUGAAACUCAAAGAGAUACAUGACAGAUAUUUCAUGAUUUAUAAAUAAUUAUAUGUAUAAUUUUGAUGAUUAUAGGUUACAGCAAACAAAACCCCAGAAUUCACCAUCUAUAAAAACUAUUAUGUAACAAUCAAGAAACAAUGACAAUAAUUCUUAAUUUAGAAAUUAAGCAGGAAUUUGCCUUCUGAAAAGUACUUUCCAAAGUGUUGAAUGAUUAACAAUGACAAUCUUUUAUUUAGAAAUUAGGCAGAAAUUUGCAUUUGAAAAGUAUUUCCCCAAGUGUUUAAUGACUAUAUAAUAAUAAAUUAACUUCUCUACCAUAUUCUAAUUUAUUGAGAUGCACCAUUAUAUAUAUAUGUGUGUGUGACAGAAGAGAACAGCACAGUGUGUGUGUGUGUGUGUGUGUGUGAGAGACAGAAGAGAACAGCACAGUAUUCAAAGCUUUGGCCAAACUGAAGCACAACCAUCCCUGCUAUUGUGUUUCAGUCAUGGGAGGACUUCUGUGCAGUUUGUAAAUCAACAUCCAUCAUGUGAGACAAAAUUAAAAACAAAUUUGUUUA